CCAGCUCCUCCGUCUCAAAACAUUGGACUGUCUGUAUGUCUGUCUGUCUGAGAGAUAUGUCACAACAGUAACUUAAAACCAUUCUGCGUCUCACAAGCCGUCCCGAGUAAUACAAGCAGACACACAGGCAGACACCCCACUCACUCACCCAUCCCCACCCCCGACCAUCCGACAUGGCAGAGACAACACCAGCAGGCGACCAGGGCCCCGUCUCCUUCAUCCCGCUCGAGGCCAACCCGCAGCUCAUGAGCGACCUGCUCCACCGCCUGGGCCUCUCCAAGGAGCUGGCCAUGCACGACGUCUACAGCCUCCACGAUGCCGAGAUGCUGGGCUUCGUGCCGCGGCCCGCCCUCGCCCUGCUCCUCGUCUUCCCCGUCUCGGCCGCGUACGAGAGCUACCGCCUCGCCGAGGACGCCACCCUGCCCGAGUACGCCGGCAAGGGCGCCGACGAGCCCGUCGUGUGGUUCCGCCAGACCAUCCGUAACGCCUGCGGUCUCAUGGGCCUGCUGCACGCCACUGCCAACGGCCCUGCCAGGGAGUUUAUCCAACCCAACUCAAUUCUAGAUGAGCUCCUCAAGGGGGUCAUCCCCCUCCCGCCGGACCAGCGCGCCCGCCUCAUCGAGGCGUCGGGCCCGCUCGCCACGGCGCACCAGUCUGCCGCCAGCCAGGGCGACACGGCCGCGCCGCAGGCCAACGACGACGUCGACCUGCACUACGUCUGCUUCGUCAAGACCUCCGACGGCACGCUGUGGGAGCUCGACGGCCGGCGCAAGGGCCCGCUCGAGAAGGGCAAGCUCGACGCCAACGAGGACGUCCUGAGCGAGAAGGCGCUCGCGCUGGGCCCGCUCAAGUUCCUCGAGAGGGCCGGCGAUGACCUGCGGUUCAGCGCAGUGGCGCUUGCUGGUAGCUUGGACUGAGGGAAAGCAUGAAACUUUCUUGGUGUUUGCUCUAGUCUUACUUCUUUCUUACCUUUGUCUUUUGUUUCCUUUUGCCUUCAAGGUUGGCGAGCGCUGGUUGGCUGGUAUGUGGUAUGUUGGCGCAGACAACUAGACCGUGGCCGAAUUGGCAUUCGAGAUCGGGAUGGGCCGCGUUAGGUUUUCCAUCAAUGACGCGCGGACAAGAGCAACGUGCAUGAGGCGCUGGUGGUAUAUGCAGUCUGCGGCAAACUCUGCAGACUGUGAAUCUUAGUUCGUUGGAGCAUCAUCGGCGUUAUUGGACUUGGUGGUAAUGCAAAAGGAAAGCAUCGCUUGCGAGAUUACAGGGGCAGAUGAGCACGAUUCUAAAAUUACCCUAUCUGAUUGAGCUAAGAGCGCUGAGAAAAGCAGAUCUAUGGUUCGCGCCAGAGCCACGGGAUCGAAAAAAAGCACAAUUCGACGCGAUCAGAGCUCCGGGUGGAUGUUCUCACUGGCCUAAAUCCUCAGACACGGCAAGCACCACACAUUUUUCCCAUGUGGGAAGAAGCAAAGGCCUGGAGGACGAUGGCCUGGGCAAUGAAAUUACAGCCACAGCUGGUUGACAUGUAGAGGAAGGAUCUACCUAGGUAGUCCAAGCAGUUGAUGCCGCUCCCGAACGGACUUCAACGACCAGUUGAUCACCAACCCGUGUAUUUGAUGUCUCCGCAUCGAAAAGAGACACUCAGGAUGUGGGGCUCCCUGGCCCCCGGAUCUGGCGCCUUGCUCUCAGCGGCGGACGCUCCCCGUGAAAUGUGAAGCAGGCCGCUACCGUCCAGCCACGUCGUCCUCGUCACCCGCAAGGGCCGGGUCGUCGGGGGAGAACAGGCUCGACCGGCGAGUGGGGGCUGAACCGGUCCUGACGAUGUCAGAAGGUGGACUGGAAAGGUCGCCAAUACUGUGGCUGCGGCCGCGGCCCAUCGCCACUGAUGCCACCCUCGGGCUAGAGUCCUUGCUGCGGGAGGAUGUGUUCGUGGGCUUUGAAACGGGUGAGGAUGCUCGGCGGGGACAUGGCUUGUCCUCGUCCUCUGGUAUUCCGAUUAGGGAUGUCUGUGGGUACGCAUUGUUAGGGAUUAGUGACCUUGGUAAGAGGGGUGUACUAUUUCGGGCGAGAGAGUGCUGUGUUACUAACGGGCACGACGGGUCGUGAGGUUCGGGCACACGCAGUGCUGCUGUUCCUCCGUUGCGGAGGUGAGCCGUCAUCAGGUGGUUUGUGGCUCGGUGGCACGGGACCAGGGUAGGAUGGUGAUGGUUGAGCUGAUCCAUCAGAUGCUUUGUUAUGUUCCGAGACCGUCACUUGGCUUGAUUGUCCAGAGUUGAGCUUGAGUGUUGAUUCGUCAACUUUCUUGCCCGGCUUAGAGUUUCGCACCAUGUACAGCGCUCCUGAAAGAUGCAUUUGAUGAUAUGAGGUCUAGAUUUAGGAGGGUAUGGAUAAAGUUAAGGCUUUUGUGAUCAACAGAACUCCAAGGCUGAAGACGACAUCAAGAAAGGCUCAUAGAAGAGGCACAUUGCGUUCUAGGUGCGCUUCUGCGUUAAAGCCCUGAGGCCAUUCCAGGCCAACUCUGAACUUGCGGAAGGAGCCCAUCACAGUUUCCCACACUGAAAGAAGCCAGUCGACUCAUAAUUUGGAGUGACUGACUGGACUGUUGUGGCCUAUUCCGAAGUUCGUCUGUGAAUUUGUUCCUGGCAGUCAGCACAGGAUCGUGCUUUCCAACAAGGCUAAAACUGCCAUCCGGACUACGGCCAGCAAAUCGGCUCGAACGUCAAGGUAGUAUCACACAGUGCUCGGAUGGACGACGCGCCAAUUUCAGUCAGUCUCUGGGACAGUGAAAGCAUAAAAGGUAACGGGGAAGACAGUGCUCAAAAUACUGAAUGGUUCAUCUGGAACAUUUCCAUGGUUGACUGGUUGUCAAUACGACCGGCUCGUAGGGACCCGAGCGGAUGCUUAACCAGGCGCGAAGGCUGGUUGGCAACGGUUACUUUUUGAUGGCGAUGAGGAUCUGCUACGCAGUGCAACCUGUAGACAGUCCCCAUCCUACCCCAGGAGCUUGUUAGUGAGCCUUCCUGGAACUGCGUCGCAAUUGUGAGGUGUUCAUCCCAAGCGUCUCCGCCCAGGCUGAUCAAGAUCCGGGCUCGCUACCAAAACUCGAUCUGGUCGCCAGUCGCCGGCGAGGAUACGACGCUGUGGUCGCAUCGCCAUGGAGCCUUCCCGCUUGGUGGCCUAGACGACGCGGAUGCUGACGAGCUUUCCGGCACGAUCUCGCGACCAAGUUCAUCCUAAGUCGAGGGAACAAGGCCCUGAAACGCCUGCCCAUCCGUGUCUACGGGCGCUAAGAGUAGCUCGAAGCCAUCACAUGUUUCGAGGAUCGACAAAAAUGUGGUUGAGCUCGGACGGCGGCAACAUCAAUGCAAACGGAAGCGAAGUUUGCCCAUGACUAGUUGACGCAGUUAGACAUCCAAUUGGGUCACGGCCGGCACAGUGGAAUCGCGCUUGCGACAGUGGGCUGGGAGUAAGCUGCGCUGGUGCGAACAUGUGCUGCGCUCAAGCCGGGCUUUCGGGAGGCGGCUGGUGAGAAUCAGGUGGACUGUGCUAUGGGAUAGUUCACGCGCGCCCGGGUUUCCAACGUGAGCCCACGUGGCAAAGAAAAUCAAGGUUUGCAGGAAGUGUCUCCCGGGCUCCUUUUAAUUUGCCAAGGUUGUUUGGGUGGUUGGGACAGAGCAUGGACAAUACUGCACCUGAGGGGCAGACGAGUGUCCGUAUAUGCGGCAGGAUGACAGAGAAGAAAAACUGCCAUCCCAUGCGCCUGGGCGCCGCGAGUAGGCAUGAUUGACCAUGACAAGCGCAGUCGGUUGAUGCCUCAGACAUUUGUAUUGACGGGAAUGCACGUCUUCGCGUCUUUCAGCUUGGCUGCAAUCUGCUUUUCGUUUCUCAUCUCCGGUAGUCUGGAGCUGACAGGUUGGACGGGUUUCUUGACGGCCGCCAUGCCUUGGACUACAGCUGAGGCGUGCGCGCUGUACUUCCUAUCUCAACAUGGCUGGCCUGGCUGUGCGAUGUCAGGUGUCUGGUUGUCGAAUCGCGGUAGAAGAUUCGAUGGCAGUGACCGGGAAGGGUUCUUGUUGUCCUCUCGCUUGUGCCUGGUCCUUUUACAGCCCAGCUGUCAGCCCAGGAAGCCACAGCCCUGCUACUUGUUACCGGGCUGCUGGUGUGCUGGGCAACUUGUGCAUUUUUGUGCAGAGAGCUCAAGAAAGAGGCUGAGAGGCAAGACUUUUGGCUCGCUGGUAUGCGCCGAAUAAGGUUGGCUUGGUGGGAAAUUCUGGCCGCAUUGUGCGUUUCAUCUCCAUGCAUGAAGUCUGAUCAGAGUCCCGCUGUCCGUCGACGUGUGUACCACGGUUCUGCUCGGUGGGAGUCCCACAGUGGUUUAGGGACAACGGGUGUGGAGGCAGGGUUCCCUCGAUAUCGCGCGAACCGGUUCGUUGCCUAGGAGGCUCGGACUGUCUUUUGCUGUCUGGCCAAGGCUGGCCGGCACGCGGGUGGUCGUGUGGAGUGGGCCGUGUCCUUCCUUGCUCAUCACGUUGACCACUUAAGCUGUUAAGCAGCGCCCCUGUCCCUGCACUGGAGAAGAAGCAAGACAAAGACGCAGGCCUGGUCCGCGG